AUGGCGGCUAAUUCCCUACAUGCUCGUCUGGGGCGCCUUCGGGCUGGUCUUCAUCGUAUGCAAUACCUCGCUUCAAUCGCAAGUUUUCCCCUCUGGCACUACGGACUGACGUACAAUGCGCAGGUCUGGCUGUUCAUCACACUCUUCGUCCCAGACCCACGAAAACCACUUCCGACUGAGAAAAUGUUCACGACGGUCGAUGCAACGGGCAACGUGACCGAGACAGAGCCUCUGCCCUGCUGGUACGACGACCUGGUACGACGGUACAGUGCGGCCAGGAAGCAGGCGGGACAAGACGACAGGGAGACGGACUUCGACCUCGAGAACGAGAUCGAGCCUGCGGAGCUCUUCAUGUCCCUCGUCGUGCCCGCCUACAACGAGGAACACCGGCUGACGGGCAUGCUGGAGGAGGCGGUCAAUUAUCUGGAAAACGCAUACGGAACCACCAACGCGGCGGCGGGCGCUAUAGUUGAAAUCGCAGAGGAGAAGGAGUCCCCAUCGCCAUCUGAUUCAAAGAAGACGACCAGACGGCGGAAAGCGAACGGCGCGACGACGUCGACCAGAUCCUCCAACGCGACGUCAAAACCCCCCUCCUCGUCCACACUAUCCCGCGCAGCCAAAGGGUGGGAAAUCCUGCUGAUCGACGACGGCUCGACAGACGACACACUUCUGACAGCGCAGACGUUCUCACGCGUGCACAUCCUCCCAAAACACCCCCGGCGCGCCUCGGGGCCGUGGACACACCGCUCCGAAACGGCAGUCAAGAUCCCACCGGGCUCGAUACGAAUGGUCUCGCUGUCCCCGAACCGCGGUAAAGGCGGGGCGGUGACGCAUGGGAUGCGGCACGCGCGCGGCCAAUACGUGGUGUUCGCCGACGCAGACGGCGCCAGCGACAUCGCGGACCUGGGCAAGCUGGUGUCGGCGUGCCAGGAGGCAGAGGACGAGCGGGGCCGCGCCGUUGCGGUCGGGUCGCGCGCGCACCUGGUGGGCAGCGCCGCGGUGGUGCAGCGCAGCAAGCUGCGCAACUUCCUCAUGCACUCGUUCCACCUGUUGCUCAAGCUGAUGACGCCGCCGGCGACGGCCCGCAUCCGCGACACCCAGUGCGGCUUCAAACUGUUCUCGCGCGCCACCCUUCCGCACAUCGUGCCGCACAUGCACAUGGACGGCUGGAUCUUCGAUGUCGAGAUGCUCAUGCUCGCCGAGUUUGCCGGCAUUCCCGUCGUCGAGGUCCCCGUCGGCUGGAGGGAGGUCGUCGGUUCGAAGUUAAACGUCGUCAAGGAUAGUAUCGCCAUGGCCUGGGGUCUUGCGCUGUUGAGGCUUUGUUGGGGGGUCGGCAUUUAUAGACGAUGA